AUGGCGAACAAAUUAACAUUAACUUUCCUUCUGUUCUUCGUUGCAUUGCUGGCCAAAGGAUAUGGUUUAACUUGGUGUUUACCUCAAAAUGACUAUUUUGAGAACAUUCAGACCCUUCUCAAUACGGUCGCCCCCCAAUACGGUGUGCAAUAUUCAGGCAUGAGAAAUGACACCCACCCAACAGUGCAACGCAUACUGGAUCGACUCGACAACGAUCGUGCUAAGCAAAUGUCCGCCAAACAGCGCAUCGAAGAGUACACGGCCGAAAAACUGAGGCAUUAUGAAGUGGCCCCAAUUGUGACCGGCAGUGACAAUGUGGUUGAUAAUCUCAAGGAAAUAUUCCACUUACUGGACAGUGAAAAUGAUAUGGUGCUAAAGGAGCUGGAGCAAUAUGAAGAGAAGUAUCUCGAAAACCUACAAAAACAUAACUUACUAAUGAAGCAGGAACAAACAUUGAGCGACGCGUACGCUGUACUAGAGAAAACAAUCAAUGAACGAAAUGUGACCCUAUCUCAGGCGAUCUCCAUGCACAACACUCUCCAAAAGAUCGUCAUCGAACGGGGGCUUGCAUAGUGUGCAUCGCCCGCAGGUCGCGUGACGGACAGUUACUGGAAGUGUUAAUAAGCUUUCCGCUCAUACCAUGUUGCUAUAAAUAAAAGAUUAAUCUCCUUUUA